AUGCAGCUGGACGUUCCCCGUUCUCCAGCCCCACCUGUUCGGCUUUUCAGCGUGUGCCCGGGGGCCCCCCACGCCCCCGCCUCCCAGCCGCCACGGCCUGCGCCAGAGCGAGCCGGGAGAGAUGGACGUUUGACGGCGGAGAGCCGAGUGCCGAGGGCGCAGCUAAUAAAAGCCAAAAGAAUCACAAUGAGCAGCGCGGUGGCAACGCUCGCUGUUCCCCCUCGGGUAAAAGCCGAGGCGGGGACGGCGGGGCCGCCGCGCUGCCCACCCGGACGGCCGUCCACUGUGCCGUCCGGGUGCCGUGCCACUGUUCCACCACGGGAGGCCGCCACCGCACCGCGGCUGGGGCCUCUCGUGGUGGAGGGGCUGCGGUGCGGGACCACUCUCUCCCUCAGGUGGGAGAGAUGGGCCGCACUCGCGGCUCCGCCCUGGGUGUUGAGGACGAUUUCGCGGGGUUACAGGCUGCAGUUCGCCGCCGUUCCUCCGCGUUUCGCCGGUAUAAUACACUCUCAGGCUCGGGGGGAGUCAGCUCGUGUUUUGCAGGAGGAAAACAAAAGAGCAAUUUGUGUCGUUCCCCCCGCACAGUGUCAGAGCGGUUUUUACUCCAGGUAUUUUCUGGUUCCCAAACGGGGGGGGACCGGUAUUCGCCCUAUCCUGGAUUUACGUGCUCUGAACAAAUUUCUCAGGAAAUACAAAUUCAGGAUGCUUACACACGCAUCCCUGUUGCGCCUUGUGCGGCAGAACGAUUGGUUCACUUCUGUCGAUCUGAAAGACGCGUAUUUCCACAUCCCGAUCUAUCCUCCCCACAGAAAGUAUCUGAGGUUCGCUUUCCGGGGGAUCUGCUACGAGUAUCGCGUACUUCCCUUCGGCCUGUCUUUAAGCCCGAGGGUGUUUGUGCGGUGCACGGAAGCGGCGAUAGCCCCGCUGAGACGGCAGGGCAUUCGCCUGGCCACGUAUCUGGACGACUGGCUGCUGCUGGCACAGUCGGAGCAGGAGGCCAGAGCGCACACGCGUAUUCUCAUGCAACACCUGGUGGAUCUGGGUUUCGUGAUAAACGCGGAAAAGAGCGUGCUGUCCCCGGCGCAGGAGAUAAUCUUUCUGGGAUUAUCCCUGGACUCGGUGUCUUUCACGGCGCGCCUCUCGGCGGAGCGUGUGAGGGUCUUCAGGACAUGUCUCGCGCUUUUUCGUCCGAGGAAAUCUGUUCGAUUCAGGUUGUGUCUUCGGUUACUCGGGUUGAUGGCGUCUGCCAUUCUCGUAGUCCGUCUCGGUCGCCUCCACAUGAGGGAAUUCCAGCUGUGGGUGGCCUCAUGUGGGCUGGACCCCGUGCGUCAUGGCGCACGGAUGGUGCCGGUCACGCCGGGGUGCGCCAGGUCGCUGCGACACUGGCGAGUCCCGUCUUUUCUGACCCGCGGGGUACCCAUGGGCUCCGUUCUGUCCAGGAAGGUGGUCACUACGGACGCCAGCCUGACGGGAUGGGGCGGGAUUCACGAGGGCCGGUCUGUGAGGGGCGUCUGGAGUGUGGGCCUCCAGCGGUCUCACAUAAAUUUUCUGGAGCUUUCAGCGGUGUUCCUCUCCCUGAAACAUUUUCUUCCGUCUCUCAUGGGUCAGCAUGUCCUGGUGAGGACGGACAAUACGACGACGGUGGCGUAUAUCAACCGUCAGGGGGGUUUACGCUCCCGUCAGCUGCACAUGUUGGCACGCAGACUGAUCCUGUGGAGCUGCGGUCGUCUCCUCUCCCUGAGAGCGACGCAUGUUCCGGGAGUCCUGAACACGGGCGCGGACCUGUUGUCCAGGGGCGCGCCAGUGUACGGGGAAUGGACUCUGCACCCGGAGGUUGUGGAGCAGUUGUGGUCCCGUUACGGUCGGGCCGCGGUGGAUCUGUUCGCAUCGCGAGAGAACGCGCAGUGCGCGCUGUUUUACUCUCUGCGCGGCGUGGAUGCUCCCCUCGGCAUAGACGCGUUAGCGCACGCCUGGCCGCGCGAGCUUCUUUAUGCGUUCCCUCCCCUGGCCUUGAUACCCCCCACUCUGUCCAGAGUGAGGGAGCACGGCCACGCGCUGAUUCUGGUAGCUCCGCAUUGGCCUGCGAUGCAUUGGCUGGCGGAGAUAUAUCGGUUGCUGUGCACCCAACCCUGGCAGCUCCCGCUGCGCAGGGACCUGCUGUCGCAAGGGGGGGGGAUGGUCUUCCAUCCGCACCCGGAGCGCCUGGCGCUCUGGGCUUGGCCCCUGAGUGGUUUAAUCUGUCAGCUGGGGGACCUGAUUGACAAUCGGAAGGCUUUCUCCACGGUUAAGGUGUACUUGGCGGCUAUUGCCGCGUGCCACGUGGGGUUUGGGAAGCUGACGGUGGGCCAGCACCCGCUUGUUUGCCGUUUUAUGAAGGGGGCGCGCAGGCUUCUCCCCGUGUCCAGGCCGCUGGUGCCGCCUUGGGACCUGGCUGUGGUUUUGGAGGGGCUCAGGGGCCCUCCGUUUGAACCACUGGAGGGGGCCGACUUGAAACACGUGUCUCUCAAGGCGGUGUUGUUACUGGCUCUGGCUUCGGCGAAGCGGGUUAGUGACAUUCAUGCGCUCUCGGUGCACCCGUCGUGCACUCAGUUCUUCCCGGGGGAUGUGAGGAUGACCUUGAGGCCCAACCCGGUUUUUGUGCCUAAGGUGGUGGGCUCAUGUUCUCCUAUUGACCUUGUGGCCUUUGCUGCCUCAUCUGGUGAGCUGCGGUCGCAUGCGUUAUGUCCAGUCCGUGCUGUGCGCACCUAUGUGGAUAGGACUGGGGGGUUCAGGAGGAGCGAUCAGCUGUUCGUCUCCUGGGCUAGUCCUCAUAGAGGGAAGCCUAUUACGAAGCAGCGCCUGUCCCACUGGGUGGUGGAGGCGAUUGCUUUGGCCUAUGCGGGUCAGGGUUUGCAGCCACCUGUGGGUCUGCGAGCGCACUCGACUCGGGGCGUGGCUACAUCCUGGGCCUUGUUCAGGGGAGUGUCUGUUCAGGACAUUUGUGCGGCGGCGAGUUGGUCCUCGCCUCUCACUUUUGUCCGCUUUUAUAUGUUGGACGUCUCCGCUCCUUGCGUGGCAAGCGCGGUGUUGAUGUCCUGA